AUGGCCGACAAGCGGCGGGCCUCGCCCGGCACCACCAUGAGCCUGAAGGCUCACGCCUUUUCGGUGGAGGCGCUCAUCGGGGCCGAGAAGCAGCAGCCGCCCGCGCCGCCCCCGCGGCAGCCCAAGCGGCGGAAGGUGGGCGGCGAGGACGAGGCGGCGGACGACGAAGGGGGCAGCGGCUGCUGCGCCGGGAGCCCGGCGGCCACCAGCGGCAGGAACGGCGGCGACAUGGAGCCGGGCUGCGCCCGCGGGCCCGCCGGCGCCGAUGAGGGUUUUGCGGCGGCGUCUCCGCCCGCCUCGCCCGGCGGCGGCGGCGGCUCCCCGAAGGGCUCCGGGCCCGCCUCGCCUCUGCCCGCGCCCCAGGCGCCGCGCGUUGAGCUGCAGGGCGCCGAGCUCUGGAAGCGCUUCCACGAGAUUGGCACCGAGAUGAUCAUCACCAAGGCGGGCAGGCGGAUGUUUCCCGCAAUGAGAGUGAAGAUCUCAGGUUUAGACCCCCAUCAGCAGUAUUAUAUCGCCAUGGAUAUUGUGCCAGUGGAUAACAAAAGAUACAGGUAUGUUUAUCAUAGCUCCAAGUGGAUGGUGGCCGGCAACGCUGACUCCCCAGUACCGCCUCGUGUUUAUAUUCACCCCGAUUCACCUGCCUCCGGGGAGACGUGGAUGAGACAAGUGAUCAGCUUUGACAAACUAAAGCUCACCAAUAAUGAACUUGAUGAUCAAGGGCAUAUUAUCCUUCACUCUAUGCAUAAAUACCAGCCUCGUGUCCACGUCAUCCGAAAAGACUGUGGAGAUGAUCUGUCCCCGAUCAAGCCUAUCCCUUCGGGAGAAGGAGUCAAAGCAUUCUCCUUUCCAGAGACAGUUUUCACCACUGUCACAGCAUACCAAAAUCAACAGAUAACUCGUCUGAAGAUUGACAGGAAUCCAUUUGCCAAAGGGUUUAGAGAUUCAGGACGUAACAGAAUGGGACUGGAAGCUUUGGUGGAGUCUUACGCCUUCUGGAGACCUUCACUUCGGACACUUACAUUUGAAGAUAUACCUGGGAUACCUAAACAAGGAAAUGCAGGUUCUUCUACCUUACUCCAGGGAUCUGGCAGUGGAGUGCCUUCUACCCAUCCUCACCUUUUGCCGGGUUCCCCUUGCUCAUCUCCAGCCUUCCAUCUCAGCCCCAACACUAGCCAGCUCUGUAGCCUUGCUCCUGCUGACUACACAGCUUGUGCCCGCUCAGGUUUGACCCUGAACAGAUACAGCACUUCCUUGGCUGAAACCUACAACAGGCUCACAAACCAAACCAGUGAGACGUUUGCACCCCCAAGGACUCCCUCUUAUGUUGGUGUGUCGAGUAGCACAACUGUGAAUAUGUCAAUGAGCGGCAAUGACGGGGAUGCAUUCAGCUGCCCGCAAACUGGCUUAUCUAUGCAGAUUUCAGGGAUGUCUCCACAGCUCCAGUACAUCAUGCCAUCCCCUUCCGGCAAUGCCUUUACCACUAAUCAAACCCACCAAGGCUCCUACAACACAUUUAGACUGCACAGUCCCUGUGCGCUGUACGGAUAUAACUUUUCGACAUCCCCUAAACUGGCUGCCAGUCCUGAGAAAAUUGUUUCUUCCCAAGGAAGUUUCUUGGGGUCCUCACCGAGUGGAACCAUGACGGAUCGGCAGAUGUUGCCCCCUGUGGAAGGAGUGCACUUACUUAGCAGUGGGGGGCAGCAGAAUUUCUUUGACUCUAGGACCCUAGGAAGCUUGACACUCUCAUCUUCUCAAGUGUCUGCACAUAUGGUUUGAUGAAGCCUUUAAGUAAAAGUACAGUAUGUUUUGUGUCUACAAUGUAUUUCUUUUGGAAUAUGAAGGGACAAUCAAUGUAGCUUGUAAAGUGUGUGUAUAUAUAAUAUGAGAGGAAGUUUCACUGAAUUUUUGAUUUGUUUGCAGCCAGAUUAUUCUCCUUUUUUGAGCUACACGGAGUUUUCUGUGGUGCAGACUGCUUUAGUUUUCUGGUACACUUAGUUGUGUAACACGUUGGGACAUAUGCAACAAAUUAAGUAAGACUUCCUCCCCUUUCCCCCUCCUCUGUUCUAAGCCCUUUAAAGAAUUAAAUGACACUUAGAGUAUUAAACGACACAAACAAGCCCACUUACAUUGCCUGUAGUACUAGUGAGAUUCUUUAAAACAUUCAUGCAGUGUUAAGCUGAUGCACCAAAGGCAUUUUACAAUCUUCUCUGUUAUAAGGGAUAUGAAGGGUAUUUGGACUUUCAAGUGUUAAGUAUCAAGCAUCCAGCCUAAAAUAGAAGUUUAGCUAAUGGAUUAUUUACAAAGUAAACAGAAAGAUUAGUUUGCCUUCUCAUGAUACGCUGUUUUUAGCUUAUCAACGGCACAGCAUUCUUACUAGGAUUUUUUUUUUUCUGCAUUAGUCUAGAUUUAUGAUUAGGAAUUUGAAGACAAAUAAUGCGUAUUCAAAUUGUGGUGAUGUGAGUGAUUUAAGCGAACAGCCAAAGAAAUGGCAUUCCUUGGUACAGAAUGAACUUUGGGGUGCUUCAUUUUUGUCAAAGGAAGGGCUUGACGCAUCUUUUUUCCAUCGUAAAUAUUGCCUAUAAGACAUUUACUGAACAGUAGGAUAUUCUAAUGUAUCUUUGUUUUUAUAUUUUUACUUUUUUAAAGCAAAUGCAGGUUUGAUUUAGAAAAAGUGUGCAGGACAAGAAAUUCCGUUAUUGAUUUUACCCUUUUUUGUGUGU